CUGCUACGCGAAGCAGAAAGAAAGAAAAGCAGUCGAAAACGAGAGAGCUCGGAAUUCAGGUGUUUCAGUUCUCGAACCUGUCUCGAACAAAAUAUUGUAUUUUUUUUUUAGAUCUUCGUACGAGAUCAUACAAUGUAUCCUAUCAGACAAAUCUUUCGAUGCUGAACUUUCUGUGAAAUCUGUGUAAUGCUGUAUUGUUAAAAGUAUUAUUACUCUGCAAUUCUAUAAAUUACAUCAUCGAUUGAUAAUACAUAAACAGGAGCAAUGGGACAAACUCUUACCACAGCAACGGUCAAUGCUGCCGAUGUUAUUAUGCCUGUUCCUCACGACAUAGUAGAAAAUCCAAAGGCUCAUGUACAUAAAACUUUUGAGGGAGAACCUCCACCAGGAUGUCCGAUGCACAAGCCUGUGGAGAAACAGCCAGUCAAAUAUGUCAGUGAAUGUCCUAUUGACAACAUGGAUACAAAGGAUAUAAACCCUUUAAACAUGAUGCCACCUGCGAAUCAGUCACCUGCGCCAGAUCAGCCCUUUCCUUUGCCAACGGAUAGGCAAAUAUCAUCGAUACCAAAAGCCACAGGUGAAGGCGACUUUUGGGUUUAUCCCUCUCAACAAAUGUUUUGGAAUGCGAUGUUGAGAAAGGGUUGGCGCUGGAAAAAAGAGGAUAUCGCACCAAAAGAUAUGGAAGACAUAAUUAAAAUUCACAAUGCUAAUAAUGAGCAGGCGUGGCAGGAGGUUCUCAAGUGGGAGGCUCUUCAUGCGAGAGAAUGCGGCAAUCCAAAGCUAAAAAGCUUUGGCGGCAAAGCAAAGGACUUCUCGCCUCGUGCGCGAAUUCGUUAUUGGAUGGGAUACGAAUUACCGUUUGAUCGACACGACUGGAUCGUGGACAGAUGUGGCAAAGAAGUGAGAUACGUGAUCGAUUACUACGACGGUGGUGCUGUCGACGAAAAAUACAAAUUUGCACUUCUGGAUGUCAGACCAGCGAUGGAUUCCUUCGACAAUGUUUGGGAUAGAAUGAAGGUUACGUGGUGGCGUUGGAGAUACAGUAACGAGGCGAAUGCUGAUUCCGAAUCCGCUUCAGCUUCGUGAAAUUUUCCCAAAACUCACAUCAACAAUGAGAAGCACUAAUCACUCAUUUUAAUCUGUAGUGUCCAAUUCUUCGAUUACAUGUAAUCAACUGUAAUUUAUCUGUUAAUAAAAAAAAUCCAGAGUUCGAGGUAAA